UACUUGAUGAUGCACAUAUCCAACUCUAUAUAAAGGGCUAACAAUGGUAACCAAUUCCACCACCAAAAAAUUUCAAUAGCUCAAAGUUAUUAAUAAACCUUUCUUCUUUCCCAAAAGAAAAUCAUCACCAUGGCCUCAAUGCAAUGCUACAAGCCAACCAAUGAGACUUGUCAGCAAAAGUGCCUUGACAACUGUUAUGGCCACAAUAAGCACAACGAUAGUACUGGAUCUUACUACUCUGGUCAUUCUAUGACUGGACAUGGCCAAGGCCACAAUGCUUCCCACGGUCAGGGUUACUACCCUGGUAGCCACACCAUGAACAAACCCAACACAUACUCCACCUAUGGCCAAGGGUAUGGCCACCAACAGGGCCAUCACAUGAUGACUGAGCAGUAUGGUCACUCUAUGACUAAGCCGGCCCCAGGCCAGUCUUAUGGCAUGGGUCCAACAAUGUCUCAUGGUAUGGGCUCAACACUGUCUCAUGGCAUAGACAUGAUGACUCACGCUGCUCAUGGCAAUACAGGCCAUGCUCAUGGCAGUACGGGCCAUGCUCAUGGUCAAAGCCACCAGGGCUACUCUGAGCAUCAAUCUUACGGUUCACAUGGUAUGAUGAUGGGGGCCAAUGGUUGCAAGGGAAAGAAGAAAGAUAGGAGUCACAAAAUGAUGAUGAAGCGUCGGGACUGCAACCGCAGUGGUGACAGUAGCGACAGUGGCAGUGACAGUGACUGCAACUAAAGAGCUUGGAGAUCAAAGGAUCGAUGCGCAGUACAAGAGUUUGGAAAAUAUAUCUAAUAUGAAAUAAAAAUAAUCAAUGACAUUAUAUAUAUAUGUAUAAGUCUAUUUUUCAUGUUAGAAUAAACACUUCUACGUACUGUGCCUGUAAAGUCGAUCAUGAAUAAGAUAUUUAUAAUUUCUAGCUCUA